AUGACAUCCAGGUUUCAGCACUGCUUUAAACUCAGUUAUGCAUUUGCAUUUCUGACUGCUGCAGGUGGCAUCAUUAUACUCAGCGUUGACCGGUUAAAUUUGUGUCUCAUAAAGUAGAAUUAUAUUUGAGGGUAAAAUAGUGGCUUGCAUGUUCCUAUGGUAGGUAAUUCUUUUUAUUUACAGCUAGAUUCUAUUCAUUGUUUUUUGUGAUCUUACAGGUAUUUUGGUACUGUUAACCAUACUGAAGGCUGGUGUCCUGGAAGCAAAGCGGCGACUUUCAGUCAGAAUGGUUCUUAUGCCACUGUGCCCAACAUUAACAUAACAACCUGUGACUUUACAAUUGCAUUUUGGGUAAAGUAUAUUGGUGUUGACGGGCCUAUACUGGCACUUUGGACACAGGGUGGAAAAGUAUUUUAUGUUACAGUCAAGAAGUCCGGUCUUCUUUUAUCGAUAGACAACAGUUUCCACUUACAAAUCAGUUACUGGAAUCACGUAGCAGUAACUUGUCAGCUGCAUAAGAUCAAGGUGUUCGUUAAUGGUACGGAGGAGGCACUGAUAGACCAAUGGAAUGAGCAUUUCUUCUCAUCGUUAGGCCGUUAUCAGCCAAAGUACAUCAUAGGGAAUGAUCCAGGUUUAGUCCAGAUGCCAAUGACAAAUGGGGUGUUUGUUGGAGCAGUCAUGGAUCUUUAUGUGACUGGAAUAGCUUUAUCUGCGAAGCAGGUUUCUGAGCUGAGUAAAGGUGAGGGUAGUAUAUAUUCAAGGGUAAGUCGUAUUCUUCGACUGCAGUCUCAAAUCCUCAAUAGAGGUCUGUUGAAUGUUAAAAUACGUAUAUUGUUCUUUUACAGUCUUUACUUGACAAUAUAAGGGCAGCUUGGAACUUUUAAAAAACGCAAACUUAAUUUGUUAACGUUAUGCGUGGAAAUGGACAAUUAAUCGUGGUAAUAUUCUCAUUAUUUAAAGGCAAACCAAUUACACCCGUAAUAAACAAGGAAGAGUCGGAAAUACAUGGUUGCAAAGUCAAUGUAACGUGGAGUAGAAAAGAACUAUGCACCAUAACGAAGACCACUGUACGCUUCAGGGAGAUAAAACCUCAAGGCGAUGAAGCAGAAUGGACAGAAUAUAAUGUUUCUUCAACCACCUAUUAUCUCCUAUAUCUGGAAUGCGACAAGAGAUAUAAAAUUGCAGUAUCUUCUUGGUUUGGAGAAGUUCAAAGCGAGUGGUCAGUCUCUCGGAAAUUUAAAACUACCUUUGCAGGUGAGACGUUACCUCAUGUACACUGUAUGUCCAAUAGCUGAUAGGGGUUUGGUAUUGAUACUAAACUAUAUCUAGUGCGGCAAACCUCUGCCAGGGUCCAUAAGCGGAGCUGUCACCUCUUUGGAGGGGAGCGGACAUCCCCUUUCAGCUCCCUCAGAAGCCACGUGGACAACAAAACAAAUCAAGACGGAAAUUUAUCACGAGAAAUCCUUUGAUGUUUUAAUAACAACAACAAACAUAAACAGAUUAGCCACCGCAUAUGGGAAAGUAAUCUGUAAUUUUUAUACAUUUAACGAUCGUUCUCCUCCAAUUAGUCUGUCACGACGUUGUAUAUUUAUAUUUUUCCAUGGCCAUCUUGACUUUUGGGCCUGCAGUUGGCAAAUUAGCGACGAAGCCAGCAAAAAUUUAACAAUUUAUUUUAUCUAAGCUACUUUCACUAAAAGAGGUGAAAAAGCUUUUAAGAAACGUUUUUUUUUUUUUUUUUUUUAUCAUUGGGAAAGAGGUUGUAGUGUAGUCAGUCUUAACGGGAAAUGAUUCAUAAUAUACAUUAGACCAGUCUGUUAAAGUUCAGAAAAACUUCUGGGUUGGUAAAUUUUAUUUAUUCGUUUCAAAGUUAUUAAUGAUCAAAGUCAGCCCGGUUACUUGGACACCCAACCCGCCCAACCCCACCACCCCCCCAACCCCAUCACCCUUCCCCCAACUGGCAAAACUAAGCGAGGAGGACAAAACUGAUGUGACAUAAUCACUGUUUUAGACUUUCACUCGUCUAUAUACCGUAAUAAAUACUUGAUUGUUUCCCAGCUUAGGAUUGCUUUCCUCCCCCCACUCUCUAAGGCCUAAGUAGUAAUGGUGUGUUUGAUAGGACUUGUCCUAAAGCAGGAAAACAUUCUGGAUUACUCUGUAAUAAACUUUACAAAAUCUAUCGUUCUGUUUUCAAAGAUGUUGCAAAGAUGGCGAGAUGGAAAAAGCAAUGAUCAACAUUGUUGACAGGAGAUAAUUUUUUUUUUAACAUUGUUGACAGGAGAUAUAUUAUUAUUUUUUGGUUGAUUGUGUUACGUUUUGUUUCGUUUUAUUUUUCUUUUGUAGAAGAUAUUCUAAAGCAAUAUCUAAAGAACGAAAAUUAUCAUUAUCAUUUUCCAUUUUCCUUGAUAAACAGCAGUUUCGAAAUUAAAAAAAAAAAUCGUUGUCAUGUGUUCAAGUCCUCCAUAAAACGUAAAAUUUGGCAGUUUUACGCCUUGGUCGCACGUGACGGUAAAGCACUGGGACCAGGGAACGAACAAAGGGGGAUGGGAAAAUGAAAAGUGCGAACAAAACAGAGAUUUUGAAACCAAGUUACUGAGAAGGCUAGGGUUGAAGUUAGGUUUUUUUCCCAUUUUUUAUUUUCCCUUUCCUUUUGCUCGUUCCUUGUUUUAGUUACAUUCUAGAGAAAAAUAAAGGGUGCCGCACCCCCCCCCGGGGGGGGGAAGUAAUCCGGAUUUCAAGUGACAGGGAUGAUCGAAUGGGGGCAAAAAUGGAAACCUCAGAAAAUCCCUUGUGCUUAAAACACCCCCCUCCCCCCCAAGAAAGAAAAAAAAAACAAACCUGGACCGACAUUUAACCCCCCCCCCCCCCGAAAAAAAAAAUCCAGAAAGCAAUAAAUGAUAUAACACCACAAAAAAUCCGUACUUAAAUUAAGCUACCCAAAAAAAUACUUGCCAAAAUUCUCCUACCCAAAAACACCCCGAAAUCCUUCGAUCAUCCCUGUCAAUUCAGCUCCGGAGUAACUUCCCAACACCCCCCCCCCCCCGCCCCCUGGGGUGCAGCACGUCCAAAGUUGUUGUUCUGCCAAUACCAACCUUUUGCUUUUUUGCCCCUCUCGUUCCCUUUCUGCUUAUUAGUAACCGACAACGUCUGCUAUUAUUCUUGUUGUUGUAAUUAUUCCGUUUUAUGCUCCCCGAAGCAUUCAAAGUAAUAAAGGAUUAAAUUAGCUGCAAAAAAUGUGGACGCAGAUCCUGCUAGUUGUAAACGUUGGAUCUCUAUAAAAGAAAUCAAAUCAGCCAAAAUAUAAAGAAUCAAGAACAAGAAGUCCAAAGACUACUGCAAAGCUGAUUUCAAAUAACGUAUAUUGUUUUUUUAAACCAAUAUUUCGGCUGGCCAUACCAGCCUUCUACAGGUUUACAGAUGUUACUGAACUUAUGUAGCAGUCACAAUGUUAUAUAAAUGGAGAAUGUCGCAAUAAAAGGGAGAGGCGGAAAUGACGUACAACAUAAAAACUGGAAAGGAAAAAUUCGAAGGAUAUGGAUUACAAUAAUUCGUCACGGCGGUUUAGGCCAUGAGGUUCAAGAGUCAUGGCCUUAUCUAUCAAAUGCGACUCCCUGGCCUUACGAACUGAGUCACGUGAAGAAUGAAUUUUCUCUAGUGGGAUUAACUGUAUGUCAGUAUGAGAAUGGUUAGAGUGAGAGAGAAAGUGUUCAGAAACAGUAGUGGGUUUAGAAAAGGCCAGGGAGUCGCAUUUAAUAAGGCCAUGACUCUUGAACCUCAUUGCCUAAACCGCCGUGACGAAUUAUUGUAAUCCAUAUCCUUCGAAUUUUUCCUUUCCAGUUUUUAUGUUGUACGUCAUUUCCGCCUCUCCCUUUUAUUGCGACAUUCUCCAUUUAUAUAAUAUUGUGAUUGCUACAUAAGUUCAGUAACAUCUGUAAACCUGAAGAAGGCUGGUAUGGCCAGCCGAAAGUUUGUUAUGAAAAACAAUAUACGUUGUUUUAAAUCAGCUUUGCAGUAGUCUUUGGACUUCUUGUUCUUCAUUCAAAGUAACAAUGAAAACAAUAUGAAAAAGAUAAAGGUUACACACGAUUUACGUAUUCGUAUCCCAAAAUAAGUCUAAUGUAACGAAUCCUAAGCAGGCUCCCGUGUUUGUUUUGUUAGGAAACCACAUACACGGCCGCUGGUUUUUAGAUGGUAGUGAUUCAGAUGUAAGGUUAGUAGCGGUUAUACAUAUCUAGUUUGUUCAAUUAAUGUUGGGGGCGGGGGUGGGCGGGAAAAGAAGUGGCGUUGGAUUCUUAUACCUUACCCCUAUUUUAGGAUGUCGGUUUUUUUUUUUCAACCGAUUUUGCGUAAGAACCUCUUCUUUGAUUCUUACUUUUUUCUAACUCUUGAAUAAAAUUUCAGAUCGACCAUUUCAUAUGACAUCCACCACAUCCAGCACUGCUUUAAACUUAUGCAUUUGCAUUUCUGACUGCUGCAGGUGGCAUUAUACUCAGCGUUGACCGGUUAAAUUUUUGUCUCAUAACGUAGGAUUAUAUUCGAGGGUAAAAUAGUGGCUUGCAUGUUCCUAUGACAGGUAAUUCUUUUUAUUCACAGCUAGAUUCUAUUCAUUGGUUUUUGUGAUCUUACAGGUAUUUUGGUACCGUUAACCAUACUAAAGGCUGGUGUCCUGGAAGCAAAGCGGCGACUUUCAGUCAGAAUGGUUCUUAUGCCACUGUGCCCAACAUUAACAUAACAACCUGUGACUUUACAAUUGCAUUUUGGGUAAAGUAUAUUGGUGUUGACGGGCCUAUACUGGCACUUUGGUCACAGAGUGGAAAACUAUUUUACGUUACAGUCAAGAAUUCUAGACUCAUUUUAUCGAUACACAACACUUUCACUCACUUACAAAUCAAUUCCUGGAAUCACGUAGCAGUAACCUGUCAGCAGCAUAAGAUCAAGGUGUUCGUUAAUGGUACGGAGGGGGCAUUGGUAGACCAAUGGAAUGAGCAUUUCUUCUCAUCGUUAGGUCGUUAUCAGCCAGAGUACAUAAUAGGGAAUGCUCCAGGUUUGGUCCAGAUGCCAAUGGCAAAUGGGGUGUUUGCUGGAGCAGUCAUGGAUCUUUAUGUGACUGGAAUAGCUUUAUCUGCGAAGCAGGUUUCUGACCUGAGUAAAGGUGAGAGUAGUAUAUCUAUCCAAGGAUAAAUCGUAUUCUUCGAUCCUUAAUAGAGGUCAGUUGGAUGUUAAAAAAUUGAAUGUUCUUUUUGUGGUCCUGAUUUUAGGCUUUUAAAGAUUGUGCUAGCAUAAUGUUUUGGCGUAAUUCGUCAUAAUUUUUAGCAAUUUUACUAUUGUAAUAAUUUGCACUUUUGGCUAGUUUUACAGCUCAAAAUCAUGUUAGCACUUAUUUUAGCCCGAGAGCAGAAUUACAGGUAAAUUUAAGUAACGAACUAAAUUUUUUGUCCGCUUAUUGUCACAUUCAUGGGACUUAGGUCCCGCAGGAAUUAAUCAAGAUAAUCAAGAACUCUUUUUACAGCACUCAACGCAUGCGCAUAAUUAGCUGGAUUACUUAAGAUGGCGUCAGCUUGCUGAUCGUUAAUUCACGUUUCAGUUUUUGUAGUUGUUAGACAGUUUUGUAGGCUUAGUGGUGUACCUUUCUACAUUCAUCUAUCACUGCAAAUACAUCAGUGGAAAUCACUAAGUAAUCGCAGUAUUAUUCUCAUUAUUUAAAGGCAAACCAAUUACACCCGUGAUAAACAACAAAGAGUCUGAAAUACAUGGUUGCAAAGUCAAUGUAACUUGGAGUAGGAACGUAUGCACGGUAACGACGACCACUGUACGGUUUAGGGAGAUAAAGCCACUAGGCAUUGAAGCUGAAUGGACAGAACAUAAGGUUCCUUCAACCACCUUUUAUCUUUUAUCUCUGAAAUGCGACAAGGGGUAUGAAAUUGGUGUGUCUUCCUGGUUUAGAGAAGUUCAAAGCGACUGGUCAGUUUCUUGGAAAUUUAAAACUCGCUCUACAGGUGCGACAUUACCUUAUGUAUGUUUAAUAAUAGCUGAUAGGUUUUGGUAUUGACACCAAACCAUAUCCAGUUGAACCUCUGCUGAGGGUCCACAAUAGCCGGGUUCUCAAAUCCCGCCUUCCCGCUAGUUUUUUCUUCUUAUUUCUGCGAUCCCGCCUGUUUUUACGUCCGAAUCCCGAUCCCGCCUAGUCUGCUACACAGCCACAAAGUUUGUGGGGAAGAGCGUUGUGUGACGACCCUAAAAACCGCUGCGUAGCAGACUAGAUCCCGCCCUGUUUUUUUUUAAAAGUUUCCCGUUUUCAUUAUUGAAAUAUUAGAACGUUAUACAAUGUUUAAGACCUGCUUUCUUGCAAUAGGGAGCUUUGAUGUUUAAGGCUCUUGACUUAACCAUUAAUAGCCUGGGAUCAGGCUCCGUAGUGGGGAAAAAAGGCAAAAAACUGGAUCAAUUUUUUUUCCCUUUCCACCAAUGCGGAGCCUGGUCCCAAGCUAAACCAUUAACGACUGUAACUUUAUUUUCUGUUUUGCUUAUUUUUACUUUGUGGGGAGCGCAUCAGUACAAAAAAGAAGGUUUACUUCGAUCUGAGUUCUGGCCAUUUGGAAACAGCCAGUUGAGUUGGGUAGAUGGAUGUUUCGAUGGAUUCACUGCUAGGUUGCAUUAGGCGAUGAAGCCAACUGUCUACGCUGACAACCGGUCAUGGAUGUGUAUGGACACACUGGUUGGACAGAUUGAUAAAAUGUUCUCUUUUAUGGAAACCUAAACCUCCUAUUGAAUCGAACAGCACAAGCAAUUGUAGACAACCCCCAUGCAGAAAGUGUACUUUUCCACCCUUCUUAAGCUUGGUCCUCGAUUUCUUCCUCUUUUGUUCUGCUACUUGUACUCAUUCCUGUUUAAAAUCUCUUUACUUUCUUUCAUUCUUAAAUCCGCUCAAAAGUAGGUGCGUGUGACCUGCAAGAGUUUGCAAAACAGUCCUCUUUUCUCACAAUCGGUUUUAAAAGGUGCGAAGUGCAGGCGAAGACUGUGUAAAAUUAACAGCGUAUUUCCUGCAACCACCUUUCAUCUUUUAUAUCUGGAAUGCGACAAGGGGUAUGAAAUUGGAGUGUCUUCCUGGUUUGGAGAAGUUCAAAACGACUGGUCAGUUUCUUGGAAAUUUAAGGUGGCUCGACUGGAUUUUUUGGCGUUGAUACCUUCCAACUUUGAGCAUUAACUACGUCGGCGUGAGUAAAGAUAUGGAAAAAAGGUUACCACAACUGUAUUAUAUAAAGAUGAAAGUUUCUUAUGAUCUGGGUUUUAUUGCAAUCGGAGUCGCCAUGGCAACGUAAUGACGUAAUUACGUUUUUCAUGUAUCUUUGUGUUUCUCUGUUCCAGGAGUUUUUUCGAGAAAUCGCUUAAGGGAGUAUGUACCUGCUAUAAUUGCCUCCAUUACGGUAAAGUUUGAGCAAAUUCUAUGAGAGCGUUUUCGAAAUAUUUUGAAAUGUAGUUUUAAGAAUGAUAAAAACAGUGAAAUAGCAUGCUACCUACAUAAUUCGCCAAUAUUUUAAGAAAAUGAUAAGCUUUGGCAACGAGGCUUCAUCUCAUAAAGGUUUGACUCCAUUGAAAACUGCAUACGAAAAAAGAGGGGAAUUGCUCUGGGCGAUCGCGAGUAAGAAGAAUUUUAUUAACUUGCAUUUAGCUGCUUUUGAUACAGUUUUUGGACGUAAUUUGGUCCAUCCCUAAAAAUUUCGCAUUUUUCCAAAAACCGCUCGAUAAAUUUUUGCAUAAGUUCGACAAUCCCGAGAUCAAUAGUCAAGAAAUAUUCCCUGCAAGUUUUAAGAACAUUGAAAACAUGGAAGGCUUUUAAAUAGGGCCUCAAAUAUAACCAAUUUUCCCCCCAGAUUUUGUGUUUACAAGUGAGCGUCUUCAUUAUUCACUGGCAUUGUUUUCAAGUUUCAUAUACACGUGCACAUUUAGCAAAAAGAUAGAAUUUGCAUCAAAAAGGACCCUCGGUUAAAUCUUCGGGAUAUGCUAAUUACCGGGUAAAGAGAUUAAUGAUACAUUAUAACAUCAGAGCAACUCUUUGUGAUAGUUUCUGUGAUGUUAUAACCCGAAGUAAGAUAAUUAAGUAUUCCAUCCUACACGAUGAGCCGUGACGUUCACCGUUUCGGCUCUCACUGCUAUCUGUGACGACAAGCCAACUAUGAGCAUAUUCCUGAUAUUUCUUCGGAAAGUAAUCGAGAGUUCUUUUUUAUGCAAAUUUAUAUCUCUUGCUGGUUGUGCACGUGCAUAUGAAACUUGAAAACAAUGCCAGUGAAUAAUGAGGACGCUCACUUGUAAACACAAAAUCUGGGGGGAAAAUUGGUUAUAUUUGAGGCCCUAUUUAAAAGCCUUUCCUAUUUUCAAUGUUCUUGAAACUUGCAGGGAAUAUUUCUUGAUGAUUGAUCUCGAGAUUGUCGAAUUUAUAAAAAAAAUUAUCGAGCGGUUUUUGGAAAAAUGCGAAAUUCUUGGGCAUGGACCAAAUUACGUCCAAAAACUGUAUCAAAAGCAGCUGAAUGCAAGUUAAUAAAAUUCUUCUUACUCGCGAUCGCCCAGAGCAAUUCCCCUCUUUUUUUAUAUGCAGUUUCCAAUGGAGUCAAACCACUAUGAGAUGAAGCCUCGUUGCCAAAGCUUAUCAUUUUCUUAAAAUAUUAGCGAAUUGUGUGGCUAGCAUGCUAUUUCACUGUUUUUAUCAUUCUUAAAACUACAGUUCAAAAUAUUUCGAAAACGCUCUCAUAGAAUUUGCUCAAACUUUACCGUAAUGGAGGCAAUUAUAGCAGGUACAUACUCCCUUAAGCGAUUUCUCGAAAAAACUCCUGGAACAGAGAAACACAAAGAUACAUGAAAAACGUAAUGGCGUCAUUACGUUGCCAUGGCGACUCCGAUUGCAAUAAAACCCAGAUCAUAAGAAAUUUUCAUCUUUAUAUAAUACAGUUGUGGUAACCUUUUUUCCAUAUCUUUACUCAUGCCGACGUAGUUAAUGCUCAAAGUUGGGAGGUAUCAACCCCAAAAAAUCCAGUCGAGCCACCUUAAAACCCACUCUGAAGGUGCGACAUUACCUUAUGUAUGUCCAAUAGCUGACAGGGAUUUGGUAUAGACAAUAAACCAUAAUCACUCAAACCUCUGCGAAUGCCCAUAAACUGUACACUUCUAGAGAAGCUGGCACCCGCUUCUGCUCCCUCAGAAGCAAGCCACGUAGACGGUAAAACAAACCACGACGGAAUUUACCACAUGAAAGUCUUUAGAUGUUUCAAGAACAACAAUAAAAAUGAACAGUUAAGCCUCCGCCUAUGGGGAGCUAAUCUGUAAUUUUUAUACUUUUAGCGAUCGUUCUCCUUUAAAUAGCCUGUCAUGACGUUUUAUGUUUACAUUUUUCAUGGCCAUCUCGAUCGCUCAACUAUCGUUCUAUUUUCAAAGAAUUUACAGAGAUGACGUCAAUGCAAUAAUCCACAUUGUUGACAGGAGAUAAAUUAUUGUUUUUUGGUUCAUUUUGUUACGUUUUUUUUCGUUUUGUUUUGUUUGUUUAUUUUUUCCUUUGUAGAAGAAAUUCUAAAGAAAGAUUUGACGGACGAAAAUUGUCAUAUGAUUAUCAUUUGCCUUUUUCCUCGAAAAAUAACUUAAUUUGGAAAGUUCUGGAAGCUGCUUAAAAUUAGAGGAUAUGGUGACUGAGAAAUAGCUUCUUUGAUUUAAUUUCCUCGUGUAAGGAAAUACGUCUUUCAUCUGCUCCAGUGAACCUUUUCAUGAGGAGAGACCCGGGAGCUUCAGCAGCUACGACGGCGACAGCGGCGAAAACGUCACUUAAAAACCGAACUCACGCUUUUUCAAACUUUAUCGCUCUUUCUUCGUGUCCAUCUCGUUUAAGUUGCGAAAUGUUGGCCGAUAUUCAUACGGGUUAAAUUCUAAAGAAUUGUAUAUCAUUUUGGAAAAGAAAAUCGCUGUCAUGUGUUCAAAUCCCCCAUAAACGUAAAAUUUGGCAGUCUCACGCCGUGGUCGUAUA